UAUCACCUUCUAAACGUUUUACCGAAGAAGAGAGUAACGUUUGGCCCUCAAAUAAUAGUUUUGCUUUUCCAUUUGAUAUAUUUUUAUUUAUAUCGACAGUAUUAUUGCUCAUAGUGGCUUCUUCCGGAAAAUAUGACUGAGGAUAUUUUGACCACUCUGAAAAUACUGAUCAUCGGAGAAAGUGGAGUGGGCAAAUCCAGUCUUCUUUUGAGAUUUACAGAUGAUACAUUUGAUCCAGAAAUUGGUGCAACAAUUGGUGUAGAUUUCAAGGUGAAAACCCUUGCUGUGGAUGGAAACCGAGCAAAGCUUGCAAUCUGGGACACAGCAGGUCAGGAACGUUUUCGAACUUUAACACCCAGUUACUACAGAGGUGCUCAGGGUGUCAUUCUGGUGUAUGACGUCACUAGGCGAGAGACGUUUGCGAAGCUGGAUAACUGGUUGAAUGAGCUGGAUACAUACUGUACAAGAAAUGAUCUGGUCAAAAUGCUGGUGGGAAACAAAAUUGAUAAGGAAGACCGUGUGCUUGAGCGAGAAGAGGGUCUGAAGUUCGCUAGAAAACAUUCCAUGCUUUUCAUAGAGGCCAGUGCCAAGACAAGGGAUGGUGUUCAGUGUGCAUUUGAGGAGCUGGUGGAGAAAAUCCUGCAAACUCCAGGCUUGUGGGAGAGCGUGCACAAAACAAGAGGAGUUGCCCUGUCUGAACUCCCUGAGACUGGUCAAGGAGGCUGUGGGGCGUAUUGCUCACUUCUCUAACACAAUUUUUUUUACACAGUUCAGGUUAGAUUAGUUAGUGCUAAUGUAUGCAGGAUAUGUAUACUUUUUUGGCCUAUGUAUCUGUGCAAGCACACAAGCAAAAUUCAAGAACACUCAUGCCUAAAUCAUUAAUCAUUUAACUGGUCCAGUACAUACAAUAUUAGGAUGAUUGCUGAAAAAGAGAUAAGGCUUAGGUUGGGGAACUUUUUAGAAAUUUUUAGAAUUUCACAUUCUAAAAAUUCACAUUUUUUUUUAAUGAAAUACAUUUAAAGAGCUCUAUUGAAGUCAAGCAUUUAUGUUUGGUAGGUGGAUAAAAAAGCUGAAUUGCUCCAUUAUACCUCAGAUAAGUUCGCUUCUCAGUUUGUAUAUUUCUCUUAGUGUUUUAUUUUGUUUUGUCCCAGUGCCUGUGUUUCUUAUUUAGGGAGAGGUAAACAUUCAUCAGUCUAACUCGACCUUUCAAACUGCUGGAAUGAGACCUCAGUAGAACACAGAUUUCCAUCAGCAUGCCCUCGCUUGAUGUCUGCAACGUGCGGAACUCCGUUCUUUCUUUAUCUGUCCAUCUUUGGAUCCCACUUUUUCCUACCGUCAGUCACUUGUUAACUCUCUUUCCUCUCUCUCACUACAUGUAUCUGUCUUCAAUUCAGCUCUGUCCCUCUCUACAGAAUAAUAGACUUAUCAAGAUGUUGGAUCUGUUUUACUAUAUUUAUUGACAUGGGCCGCCCACAUAAAAACAUGGUUUUGAAAGGUUUAUAAAUCAAACAGAUUGGCACAAUGCGUCUCUGUUAUAAAUAUAAAAGAAGGUAAAAAAAAAAAAAAAACGGAAUAACAAGGAAUAGAUUAACAAGAAAAGCUUAAUCUCUUGGUUUUGGGUGGGAAAUUUUCACCUGCAGACUCAUGGACACAGUAAAACUUACUGUCUUGAUAUGACUGUCUAUCUUAGAGAAAGGAUGUUUUUAAAAAAAAAACUUAUAGACUAUAGAUGGCUGGUUUUCACACACAGAGAAAUGGAACAAAAGAAAAAAAGUAGAAAUAGUAAUAAAAAAUAAAUCUAUGACACUAAACAGCAAUGCCAAAUGAAUAUUUCCAUUCUUCUGGUUUAAUCUGGACUAUUUAUACUGUUAUGUUUGAUUUAGAGAAUCAUCCAAGGGAUGAUUCUCAUUGCUUAAUAACUGUGUGGUAAAAACCUCAGAUACAGCAGUUUCAGAAAGUGUGUGGCACAUGCGGAAGGAAACGCUGGGCUAUAUGCACACCCACAGCCAAUUGACUUAUUUUGAGCAUUUAUGUGUUCCUUUUCACCUGUUUUGAAAAUGUGAAUUAUUGAGCAAUUAUAAAUUUGUUAUGUAGUUUCCAGUAGCAUGCAGUGAAAUCUUCUGUGCUUUUUAUGGCAAUUAUAUAUGUAAUGGUAUAUGCUUUGUCUAUUCACUACAUAUCAAAAUCAUCCCAUAUGAGGUAGUUAAUCACUAUUGAUCUGAGGACUCUAACUAAUUUUGGUUUGUAAUCCCUAAAUAAUCCUAAUUCUCUAUUUUAUUGAUAUUUGCAUGCAGGUUAUUGCUAUUUGUUUUUGUGCAAUAUUGCACACUGUUAUUGCACAGUAAUUACUCUAUGUAAAUAUUUGCUGAUGAUAAUGGUCAUAAAUACAUUGUAAUGUUGA